CCAGCCGCGGCGGAGUCGUCCGGCUGCACGCCGUUUGCUUCGAGAGACCGAAGUGAGUCAGUCAGUCAAGCGUCGACCAUCGUCGGGAUUGGACGCUCGCGAAAAACCACUUGGACGAGUCUGCCGUGUCUGCCCGUGAAUCUUUUUCCUUUUUUUUUUUGUUGCUUCGAUUCGUUAUGAAUUUUCGAAACGAGAUCGGGACAGAGACCGGGAUCGAUCGCGGCCACGAAUAAUAAUAAUAAUAGUAAUAAUAAAUUCUGAUCCGAAUCAGAACGACGACGAUCGAAUUCGAUGGGGUUUCGAUCACGAUUUCACCGCGAUCGCAAACAGUGUCGCUGAGUGUGAACGGUGACGCGGAAGGAAGGAAGUGGACGAUUCGCACGAUAUCGACGAAUAAACGCAAGUGCGAGGUUGAGAUUAAUGAUGUUGUCGCGGGACUUGUUGACUUUCGCGACUAUGGUGUCGAGUCUAACUGCGGCGGUUGGUGCUUCCGUGGAUCUCGAUUCAGGGGACUACGAGGUGCUACCCGAUAACGAGGGGAAAUCCGAUGACAACGAUUCGCCGCACAUCCGAGAAGUGAGGUGUUACUGCAAUCAACCGGAAUGCGUACCUCAAGGAUACAUGUGCCGCGGCAAAGGCUGUUUUACAGAAUUACCAUCCAAUGCAAAUCCAUCAUUAUUAAGAGCAGAGCAUAACGCUUACAGUGGUUGUCUUGAUGAAAACUUCAAAGAACGGCAAUGUCCCACGGGAUAUCUUUGUUGCGAGCAGGAUCUUUGCAACCACGUAGACAGUCCAGCCAUGAGAAACAGGCUCAACAAGACUCUUCAAGUGUUGGUGGGUGAUCAGCGACCUUUUCUCGGCCCGGUUCAACCGAUCAAUCAUGGAGGUCAGUCAACAGAUGGAUGGUUCAAGACUGCCACAAUCGCUGUACCGAUUUGCGGUCUAAUCGUUCUACUGAUACUGGCCAGUCUUGCCAUUAGAUUACUUCAGCCUGUACCGACGCAAAGCGACAAACUCGGACCACAUCGGAUGCCCGAUAAUGGACCGCCAUUAUUAGGACCACCAAAAGUGCCUCUUGUUUAAUUAUCUCGCAAUCCCAAAGACGUUCGAUAAAGCGGAUAGACAUUAGUAAGACUAAUUAGAAAGCUAGCGGGCUUAUAUAGCUCCACUUGGCUGUGAAUUUUGUGAAAAAAAAGCGACUGCUGUAAAUUAUAACAUUGCGUGUUGUGCAUCGAUAGUUGCAAUUCCUCGAAACAACGAUGAUCGUCGUAAAAUUGAAGAGUGAGAAAAGGCCAAUGAAAUAGGACCUUUGUACAUGACGUUAAUUAAAA